CCGGCAGUGCCACAGUUCCAUCGUGGCUGAGCGUGUCAUGCUGUGCAGCCAGGGAGAGGGCAAGCUCAGUCCUUCCAACUGCCCCAGUAGCUCCAGAGCCCUUUGAGGUGGUGAGAUGGAGACGCCAGCGGCUCUGGAGGGAGAGCAGCCAUUGUGCCACACUGCAGUGCUUCGCCCCAGGAGUAGCGGUGCCAAGCUGUGCUCCUGCGUCCCGGCGGAGAGGACUGAGCCUCUGCUACCCGGCAGUGAAGAGCGUGUUCUGGGCACCCAUUCUGAUGCUGGCAGUGCCACGAUGUAUGGCCGCUACACACAGGACCUGGGCACCUUCGCCAAGGAUGAGGCAGCCCGGCUGCGGCUGAAACAGGAGCAUGAGGACAGUGGCACCCUACGGCCGCGCCGCCCCUCUGAGCUGCUGGAGUACAGCCAGGGACGCUGUGCCCCCUGCUGUGGCUGUGCCGUGCGGUGCCAGAGGUUCUUCAUCGCCAGGGUGGGCGAGGACUGGGUUUUCCUCAUCCUCCUGGGGUUGGUCAUGGCACUGGUGAGCUGGGCCAUGGACUUUGCCAUCGCCACCUGCCUCCAAGCUCAGAAGUGGAUGUAUGGGGGCCUGGACACCAAUGUGAUGCUGCAGUAUCUGGCCUGGGUCACCUACCCCACUGUGCUCAUCACCUUCUCAGCUGGCUUCACCCAGAUCCUCGCUCCACAGGCUGUAGGCUCAGGGAUCCCUGAGAUGAAGACUAUCCUGCGGGGUGUCAUCCUGAAGGAGUAUCUCACCUUGAAGACCUUCGUGGCCAAGGUGAUUGGGCUGACGUGUGCCCUGGGUAGCGGCAUGCCCCUGGGCAAGGAGGGUCCCUUUGUCCAUAUUGCCAGCAUGUGUGCAGCCCUGCUCAGCCGCUUCCUCUCCUUCUUUGGGGGCAUCUAUGAGAACGAGGCAAGGAACACUGAAAUGCUUGCAGCUGCCUGUGCUGUCGGUGUCGGCUGCUGCUUCGCUGCCCCCAUUGGAGGCGUGCUGUUCAGCAUUGAGGUCACCUCCACCUUCUUUGCUGUCCGCAACUAUUGGCGUGGUUUCUUUGCCGCCACCUUCAGCGCCUUCAUCUUCCGUGUGCUGGCUGUCUGGAUCAAAGAUGAAGAAACCAUCACAGCGCUCUUCAAAACCCGCUUCCGCCUCGACUUCCCCUUUGACCUGCAGGAACUGCCUGCCUUUGCCGUCAUUGGGAUCGCCAGCGGUUUCGGUGGUGCUCUCUUUGUCUACCUCAACCGCAAGAUUGUGCAGUGCAUGCGCCGACAGAAGGCCAUCAAUCGCUUCUUGAUGAAGAAGCGCCUGCUGUUCCCUGCCCUGGUGACACUUCUCAUCUCCACAUUGACCUUCCCACCCGGCUUUGGGCAGUUCAUGGCUGGACAGCUCACUCAGAAGGACACGCUGGUGACGUUGUUUGACAACCGGACGUGGGCCAAGCAGGAGCCCAGUGAUGAAUUUGAGUACAUGGGCAUCCUGGAGGCCUGGCGACAUCCCCGCUCCAACGUCUUCAUCACCCUCGUUGUCUUCAUCCUCAUGAAGUUCUGGAUGUCAGCCCUGGCUACCACCAUCCCUGUGCCCUGUGGGGCUUUCAUGCCGGUCUUCGUCAUUGGGGCAGCCUUUGGGCGGCUGGUUGGGGAGAGCAUGGCAGCCUGGUUCCCUGAUGGGAUCCACACCGACAGCAACACCUACCGCAUCGUGCCAGGGGGCUACGCCGUGGUAGGGGCAGCCGCACUGUCGGGUGCUGUUACCCACACUGUGUCCACCGCCGUCAUCGUCUUCGAGCUGACGGGGCAAAUCUCGCACAUCCUGCCCGUUAUGAUUGCUGUCAUCCUGGCCAACGCGGUGGCCCAGAGCCUCCAGCCCUCCCUCUACGACAGCAUCAUCCGCAUCAAGAAGCUGCCCUACCUCCCUGAGCUGGGCUGGGGGCACCAUGAGAAAUACAACAUGCGGGUGGAGGACAUCAUGGUGCGGGAUGUCCCCUACGUCUCUCUCAACUGCAAGUACCGGGACCUGCAGCAUGUGCUGCAGAGCACCAAGAUGAAGAGCUUGGCACUGGUGGAUUCAGCAGAGUCCAUGAUCCUGCUGGGCUCCAUUGAAAGGGCACAGGUGGGGGCCCUGUUGGGCCACCAGCUGCAUCCCCAGCGCCGGCUCCAGGCCCUGAGGCAGAAGGCAUGGGCGAGCGCUGAUGACGGGCGCCGGUUUUCCGAAGCCAGCGUCUGCUUCCAUAUCAGCACUGAAGCUUCCUCCUUCACUCCCACACGCAGCGGAUCCCGCAAGCCCCUAAAGCCAGCAUUGAAGCGGGUGCCCAGCGUCCCUGCCGACGGCCCCCCAGCCAGUGCCACCGACAGCUCCAGCAUCGCCCUCAAGAGCCUCUUCUGUGCCAACAGUGCUGCAGAGCCUGCUGAGGCGCAGGGCCAGGCCCCUCGCAAGGCCAAGCACGUCCGCAUUUCCGUAACGGAGGACCUGGACCUGGGGGACAGGAUGACGCCGGCAGAGAUCCUGGACUGGGAAGAGCAGCAGCUGGAGCAGAAUGUGGACUUCAGCAGCGCCCAGAUUGACCCCGCACCCUUCCAGCUGGUGGAGCGCACCUCUCUGCACAAGACCCACACCAUCUUCUCACUACUGGGCUUGGACCACGCGUACGUCACCAGCAUCGGGCGCCUGGUGGGCAUGGUGUCCCUCAAGGAGCUGCGCAAGGCCAUCGAAGGCUCACUGACCGCCAAGGGGGUGAAGGUGUUGCCGCCGCUCGCCAGCUUCCGCCGCAGCAGCACCAGUGCAGGUGAGCUGGACACCACCGACCUGCGCCAGCUCUGGGACCGUCACCAGCACCACCCCAUGCCCCGUGAGGCCGGCCCUGAUGAUGGGGACACCAGCAAGUGACGGUGACACCAAACCCCUACCCUGUCUCGGGGGUGCUGCGGGGGCUCCCUAUGGGGGACAUGGGCAUCCUCCUUUCAGUGCCAUGGGGUGGCCAGGUGCCCCCCCAACCUGCCCAUGCCCCAAGGCUUCCCCUGUUGCUACCUCUGCCCCCUCCCAGCCCCGUCGCCUCCCAGCACGGCCACAGCCCCCAUGGGCACUCUAAGCAUUUGGUCGAGGGACAUGGGGACAAGAGAAGUCGUCGCCGCCUUCCCAGUGCCUCGGUGCCAGGAAUGGGGACCCUGCAACCCCUCCACUGUGCAUCCCCCUGUGUAAAUACAGAGAUUUUUAUAUUAAUUUAAUUAAAGAACUUUAUAAACA